AUGGGUCGGUUGUACCUUCUGUUAGCUACCUGGAUUAUUUUCAGUCCAGUUAGGGAUUGCUCAUAUAAUAUCCUACUUAAUCAUCUGAGAAGCGAGCUUAAAUUUGAAAAUGCCCUUCUGCUGGGCACCUCGGAUUCUAUUUGGUUGAAACACUUGUGGCAACUUCCUGUUCCCAUUAUCCAAAUUAAAGAUCAGUCCAAGGAAGACUUUGAUUUCGGAAAUAAUCAUUCUCACAACGCCCUCACAAUUGCUUUUGUGAACACAUCCCCGUAUGAAAUUUUGGAGCUCAUUUACUUAAAUCUAAGAAUGUUAAAUACAAUGCCAGUGCUCUUGGUUCUUAAGAAUAGAACUAUACGAAUAUAUCCAUUGCUGGAAUGGUGUUGGCACCAUCAACUUCUCAAUGUCGUCGCUAUUGGCCAGGAUUUCGAGGAGUCUUUGAUUGUGUACAGCUACACGCCAUUUCCCAUCCUGCAGUAUAUCGAGAGAGUUUUGGACAACAGUACACAAAUAUUCGAAACACGUUUGGAAAACCUUCAUGGCUAUCAAGUGCCCAUUGUUUUGGGUGGAUCUUCGCCGCGUUUGAUUGUGUAUCGUGACUUGGCUGGGGAACUGUUUUUCACAGGACCUGUGGGUAAUCUUAAAAAGAGCUUUGAGCAGCGUUUUAAUUGCAGACUGGUGCAGCCCUAUCUUUUUAAUGAGUCAGCUAUUCUCCCGGCACGUCAACUUGUUGGAUCCGUGCGAAAUGGUAGUGUCCAGUUUGCCAUGGCGGCUAUUUAUAUGCAAACUCCGGCGAUUGGAUAUUCGUACCCCAUCGAGCUGAUGAGCUGGUGCCUGAUGAUGCCGGUGCCAGCGGAGGUUGCUCACAGUCAGCUGUACAGAAUGGUAUUUGGACCGACGGCAUUUUGGAUCACUUUCCUUGUCAUGGUGCUAAUUUCAUUGACCUUAUCCUUUGCUCUUCGUCUAUAUGGAUAUCGAGUUACUCUCAGUGAGUUUUUCCUUCAUGAUAGCUGCCUGAGAGGAGUUAUGGCUCAACCCUUCUGCGAGGUUCUUCGAGCACCUGCCUUGGUAAGGGGCAUUUACCUGGGGAUCUGUGUGUUUGGACUACUGAUCACCUCCUGGUACAACUCAUACUUUUCCACCUUUGUGACCAGUGCUCCAAGACUUCCUCCGUUUACCAGUUAUGAGAGCAUCCAACAGUCGAAUAUCAAAGUUGUGAUUUGGUCACCGGAUUACGAAACACUUCAGUUCUACUAUGUUAACAUGAGGAAGUACUCGUCUAUCUUUCAGUUGCAUCCGGACUACAAGGAGUUUAUUCAUUUGCGGGAUUCCUUCGACACCAGAUAUGGCUAUAUGAUGCCAAUGGAGAAGUGGUUACUCAUAAAGGAGGAACAGAGGGUCUUCAGUUCCCCACUGUUCAGUCUAAACGAAGAUCUCUGCUUUUACCACACGGUUCCAAUUGUGUUUCCAAUCGUAAAUAACUCUUUAUUUAGGGAGCCCCUGAAUCGCCUCAUUCUCGACGUGACUGCAACUGGUCUCCUUAAUCGCUGGCGGGACAUGGCCUUUACGGAAAUGAUCAAAGCCGGACAAUUGCACCUUGAAGAUCGGAGUAAGCCAAAGGAAUUUCGACCUAUGAAAGUAGAGGACCUGGAACAAAUUUGGCGCAUGGGAGGAUUUAUGCUUGGCUUUGCCUCAUUGGUUUUUCUACUUGAAUUGAUUUGCUUCUGGCGACAAAAGAUAUUGCAAAAAAUUGGAUAUUUAAUUUUACUAACAACAUAA